AUGGAGAAGGAGUAUUCUUCGAUGUAUAAUGGCUCGUUUUUUGGAACUUCAGAGCGACUUAUUGUUUCUCAAGGAGUGAUUCAAAAGAGUAGCGAUCGCUACUCAGUUCGUCCAGGAUCAUUUCUCAGAAGGAUCCAGCAAUCCAGAGUAGGGAAAGACGACGGAAGAGUUAAGGAUCUGGAUGUGACGACUAGGGUUCCGGUAGUUGCAUCACAAAAGAAGGUCAUCGCACCAGUUCCAGUGAGUUUGAAGCAAUCUUCAUCAGCAAGGAAAGACGACGAUGUUAAUCGUCUCAUUAGAGAAAACAAACCAAAGGUGGCGGCCGUGGUACCCAAGGAAGUAAGCCGCCGGCCACCAUCACCGGAAGCACGCCGUCCGAUGAAAAGACCGACGAGGCAUUAUGAUGACGAGGAAGAGGAUGAGAACGCAAAUGCGCUAAGGAUGAUGAGGGAGAUGACUGGAUACGACCCUCGGACGUAUACAGAUAGAGGGGAUGAUCGGAACAUGGAGGCCAGCUUCCAUGAUAUUGAGAAGGAAGAAAGAAAAAGUGCCAAAUUAGGUCGGAAGAAGAUGAAGAAGAGCUUCGCAAGAUUGCAGAAGAAGAACGGAUGGAGCGGUUGCGGAAGGAAGCCAAGAGGAGGCGCAAAUUGA